UAGCUUCCCUUAAUCAUCCAUCUUACACACGUUCUCUCUCACAUACAUUCAACUCGCUGUGCGAUUCGACGAUAUUGGAUGGGCUCCAACCCUGCCCAUUGUAUCCACAUUGAAAGAUCUUCGCUUUCUUUCCUCUCGUCCGCGUUCUGCAACGUCACGUCCUAAGAAGCUAUACAGAGAGACCAGAUAUCUCCAAAUCCGAUAUUUGACUGGGUCACCUUCCCCUUUUCUGGGCAAUCGUAAUUUCUUUUCUCUUUUAAAAGCUCUUAUUUUUAUUAUCACCUGUGCGGAGAAUGUAUGUGAAAGCGGUUCCACCGACGGAUUUGAAUAGGAACACCGAGUGGUUCACGUACCCUGGUGUGUGGACUACCUAUAUGCUCAUGGUUUUCAUGUCUUGGCUUAUCGUUCUUUCCCUCUUUGGCUGCUCUCCUGGCAUGGCCUGGACCAUUGUCCAUCUCGCUCAUUUCCUUAUUACCUAUCAUUUUUUUCACUGGAAGAAAGGAACUCCAUUCGCUGAUGACCAGGGCAUCUACAAUGGAUUGACUUGGUGGGAGCAGAUAGAAAAUGGCAAGCAACUGACUCGCAAUAGGAAGUUUUUGACUGUUGUACCUGUAGUGCUGUAUUUGAUAGCUUCACACACAACAGACUAUCAAAAUCCAAUGUUGUUCUUCAACACAUUGGCAGUAUUCGUAUUGGUGGUAGCUAAGUUCCCUCACAUGCACAAGGUUCGCAUAUUCGGAAUCAAUGCUGAUCACUGAACUGCAAAAAUUUUCAUGUCUGAUUUACUGGCAGCAAGAUCCAACAAUUUGGCAUUCUGAUAUGAUAUUAUCCCUGUACAGAUACUGAACUGUGAAGGGUUAUCGCUUAUCACUAUUUGUUUAUUAUGAAGCAAAUAUGUAUACUUCCCUUGAUUACAUGGGGGGGUGGGGAAUGGUCACUAUAAUUUCUCUUUUACUUGCUUCUUCUUCUUCUUCUUCUCCUCCUUUUUUCCUUUGGUUGCUUUUGUGUUGUAUUGGUGAAACCAAAAGUUUAUUAAGCCCAAUAUCCUCCCUUGACGCUUGUAAGGUAAACAUGGUUCUUUCCUUAAUCCUAUCCUGCCCUUUUAAAUCUGUCAA